UUCGCAUUCCUCUGCGCUCUGCAGUAUCCCCGCUUUCCACCAGUCUGCCUGGAAUUGUAGAGCGCAUCGCAGCUCAGUUCUUCCCCAUUAUUCUCUGUCCGCUCGCGGUGUUUCUGCGUUAAAUCCUUCGUUGCAAAGUGAAGCUGCGGGAGGCAGUCAGCUUCCCAGCGUCCAUGGAGGGAGACGGGAUGGACAAGCUGGAGCGCAUGGCCUCCGUGUGCGAGUUCGACCCAAUCACAGGAAACAUCCCCGCCACCAAAGUGGAAGUCAGUGUCUCAUGCAGGAACCUGCUAGAUCGAGACACAUUCUCAAAAUCUGAUCCAUUAUGCAUCCUGUAUACUCAGGGAGUGGAGUCGAAGCAGUGGCGGGAGUUCGGGAGGACAGAAGUGAUUGACAACACACUCAAUCCAGACUUUGUGAGGAAGUACAUUCUGGACUAUUUUUUUGAGGAGAAGCAAAAUCUGCGGUUUGACAUAUAUGACAUUGAUUCCAAAAGUCCUGACCUGGCCAAGCAUCCCUCCGAAUUCAACGACUUCCUGGGUCAGACCUUCUGCACUCUGGGUGAGAUAGUGGGAUCGCCAGCCAGUCGAUUAGAAAAGCCUCUGGGGGGCAUUCCAGGGAAGAAAUGUGGCACCAUUAUUUUAACAGCAGAGGAACUGGGAAACUGUAGGGACUGUGUCACUAUGCAAUUCUGUGCCAAUAAGCUGGACAAGAAAGACUUCUUUGGUCGCUCAGAUCCUUUUAUGGUGUUCUACCGGAGUAAUGAGGACGGAACGUUCACUAUUUGCCAUAAGACUGAGGUGAUGAAAAACACACUCAACCCUGUAUGGAAACCUUUCAGCAUCCCUGUGAGAGCCCUCUGCAAUGGAGACCAUGAUAGGUCCAUUAAGGUGGAAAUAUAUGAUUGGGACAGAGAUGGCAGCCAUGACUUCAUUGGAGAAUUUACCACUAGCUACCGGGAGCUGUCACGGGGCCAGAGCCAGUUUAAUGUUUAUGAGGUGGUGAAUGCCAAAAAGAAAACAAAGAAGAGAAGAUACAUCAACUCUGGAACAGUGACCUUGCUUUCAUUCUCUGUUGAGGCAGAACACACUUUCCUAGACUACAUCAAAGCAGGCACUCAGAUCCAUUUUACCGUGGCUAUUGAUUUCACAGCUUCCAAUGGGAACCCAUCUCAGUCCACAUCUCUGCAUUAUAUGAACCCAUACCAAAUGAAUGCCUAUGCUAUGGCACUAAAGGCUGUUGGGGAGAUCAUCCAGGAUUAUGACAGCGAUAAGAUGUUCCCUGCACUGGGCUUUGGAGCCAAACUCCCCCCUGAUGGCAGAGUGUCUCAUGAGUUCCCUUUGAAUGGUAAUGUGGAUAACCCAUACUGUAAUGGCAUGGAGGGCAUUCUCGAGGCAUACCAUCAGAGUCUCAAAACGGUUCAGCUUUAUGGACCAACUAAUUUUGCCCCAGUCAUCAAUCAUGUAGCAAGAUAUGCAGCGGUAGUGGAAGAUGGCUCACAGUACUUUGUCCUCCUCAUCAUCACAGAUGGAGUUAUAUCAGACAUGGCUCAGACUAAAGAAGCCAUUGUCAAUGCUGCUAAACUCCCAAUGUCCAUAAUAAUUGUUGGAGUCGGCCAGGCUGAGUUUGAUGCCAUGGUUGAGUUGGAUGGUGAUGACAUAAGAAUAUCUUCAAGAGGGAAGCUGGCAGAAAGAGAUAUUGUUCAGUUUGUGCCAUUCCGGGACUACAUGGACCGAACAGGAAACCACGUCCUCAGUAUGGCACGGCUAGCCAAAGACGUCCUGGCAGAGAUCCCUGACCAGUUAAUCUCUCACAUGAAAUCGAGAGGCAUCAAACCCAACCAGACUCCACCCGAAUCUAGCCCUGCUUUGCUUAGUCCAACCUCCACUCUCUAAGUUUACACAGACCAAGUUCAGACCAGAGAAAACAUGCCAUGGCCACAGGCUUCCCUCUUCACAUCUGGAUCUUUUUCACAAUCAAUCCAACAGUCUUUCGACAGGCGGACAUGCUAUACAGCACAAAUAAACAAGCAAUGGCCACAGGGUAUGACUCACACUCUCUUCGGUGUCUGAACAACAACCAGUGACACUCUAUUUGAGUUUAUCUAAUUUGUUUCAGUGGGAAGAACACUUUUGAGUUUGGAAACUGUUCAGUAUGAAAAACAUGUCAAUACUUGGAUAAGACCUAAAAAUUAUUUUUAACAUACUGUAGUUUGCUUUCCUAUUUCGAAGCCUAAAUAAGAGAUUCUCUCUAGAGACAAUUGCCUUGUUUUUCUUGGCUUACACAUCAUAGCAGCAUCUUGCUAGGUUUAUAAUAUAAUUUUUGGGGGGUAUGUGAGCCAACUAUAAGAUUUGUAAAUAUCUGCCAGGAAGAGAAUAAUUUAGAUAAUUACUUGUGGUUGAUGUAAGAUAUCAAAUGAUUUUAAUUGUGCAAUGCUUUAGAUAAGCUUUCAAUAUAGUAGAAUGUUCAUGUUAAUUUGGAAAUGUGGAUAUUAUAAGUAUAAUUUUCAUGGUUGCAUCUGUGUAAACUUAGGUUAUAAUUUUGAGAAAAAUAGAAUGGUAUUCAGGUAAUAAACAAUCAUUUAACGAAACACAUACACCCAAGCGCACGAAAAGCACAAGUGUUUUUUUUAUUUUAAUUAUCUAAAAUGUCUAAAGCACGAUAAAUAUGAGACCCAUCAUAUAAUGUCAGGUAUUAAGUUGCACAGGUUUGUUAAGCACUAUAGCCAAUAGAGUAAAGUGGGUAAAAUUUCUAUGUCCAAUUUCAAAAUUUCCAACAGAAUUCAGGAGGUUAGAAUCCUAAAAAUGGUUUUUAAUCACUUUAAUAAACAUUAUCCAAGCUGGUUACUACAGUCGUGAAAAAAAAAACAUGCAUUUUAUUUUUGCUUUAAAUCUACACUUUUGGCAAAGAUAUUUUUAAGUGUACCAGGGAAUUUCCUUGUGUCAACAUGAGGUUAAUGGUUUCUUCUUCCUUGGUAUGCCAAAGGAUCUUUAUUUUAAUAUUCUAAAAAGAAUUUUUUCCUAAGAUGCUACUCGUAAACAAAUUCACACUGGCCUUAUCUCAGCAAACAGACAUGAUAUGGUAAUAAAAACUUACUUUUGGCUGCUUCGUCAAGGGGUCGUCACAGCGGACCAUAUGAUCUGCACACAACUUCGACACAGGGUUUAUGCCAGUUAACCUACCUGACGCGACCCUCCCAUUUUAUCCAGGGUUGGGACCAGCAUUGCGUACAGUGGCUGCAUAGUAUAAGGUGUGGCAACCCAUCCAACAGCAGGGCUCAAACACAGAUCCUCAGAUCCCCAAACCAACAACCUAGAGCCUUAGCCACCUAAGCCACCACUCCCAUGUGAUAUAAUAAUAAAUUCGAUAUCAAAAUAGAGCUUAUUGAACCAGGAAUCUGAAAUAUGCAUAACUUACAUCACCAGAAAUGUGACUUAAUACCUGAUUUGAUGUAACUUGUGUGUUUAAUAUAACUUCAAGAGGCACAACUGUAGUUAUGACUAACUAAAAUCAUGCAGGUUCUUUGGCAAUUUUCA